AUGGUCACACCGGUCUCCCUAUUAGUCAGCAUGCUGUGCGUGACCUCCACUCUCUCGGCUCCCGCCCUACAAGUGAUAGGCCUGAGAGGAGCACCUGAUGAUGCGAGUGAACGGUGCAAGCGUUCUGCUGAUGUGUUUGGCUACUACUACACGGAAAUCGACCUCUCCGACUUUGGUCGCACGCCCGAUGAGGUGAAAGACGAAGUGAAACUGGCCAAAGUUAAACAGGCAGUUGAAAACAGCGACAGUGAAUAUGUGCUCAUUAUUGACAGCCACUUAUCAAUUCUCAUUGGGCGACCGAACGAUCUUAUUCAAACAGCUGAAAAUCUUAGAGCUGACUACAUCUUCAUUGCCGGGGACUCCGCAAGCGCAGAUGAAAAACCCAAGCCUGAAGCCAUGUUCUAUGGCCUCUUCACACGCACCAAACUGCUUCAUGAAGCCAUUCCAAGACCCCCACCAAUGCUUAACAAAGACUAUGUUAAGUCUUACUUAGAAGGAAUCGAAAAACAAUCAGCCUCCGUUUUAAUGGACACAUCGUCCAAUUUCUUUCAGCAAAUUACCACAGAUGCUGCAGAUCUAAACAUUCGUUUUGAACACGACCGAGGCUAUAUCCAAAACGUUCGCACUGAUACAGUACCCGUAGUUGCCGUGGCUGCGAACGAUCAUGUAUCAAAGAGGGAACUAAAUGGAGUGAGCAAUUAUCUGACACGUUCUUGGUCUCCUGAAACCGGAUGUCAAAUUUGUGAUGAAGACAGAAUUGACCUUGAGAAACUUCAGGCUGAUGACUAUCCAGUAGUGAUGCUUGGCGUCUUCAUCGUCCGUCCAACUCCAUUCCUCGAAUCUUUUUUCAAGCGCCUAGCGAAUCUCGAUUAUCCCAAGAGCCACAUUCAUCUUAUAACCUUCUGCGCAAUACCGGAACAACAAAAGUUUGUCGACGACUUUCUGGACAAACAUGGUUCACACUACCGAUCAGUUGAAGAAAUUGGUUCCGACUUGUACAAGGAACAAGAUAAGGUAUUCCUGCACGUAGCAAAUAUGUGUCUCGAAAGGCCCGAAUGCCAGAACCUCUUCUAUGCUGAGGGAACUGCCCAGUUUACGUGGCCAGGAACACUCAAACAUCUCGUGUCAACCAAUCGUAGUGUAGUGGCUCCUCUUAUGACUCGUCACAAUGCCUUCUGGUCAACUUUCUGGGGAGAUAUCGCUGAUGAUGGGUCAUACAAACGAUCCAAUGAUUACUUUGAAAUUGUUGAACGUCGCAAACGGGGUUUGUGGAACGUUCCGUUGGUUGGAUCCACUUUCCUGUUGAGUCGAUGGGCGUUGUCGGAAAUCACAAGCGACUUUAUCGAGGAGCAAUUCUUUUAUCUGUCCCUCACCUCUACAACAACCAAAAAAAACGUCUUUAUGUAUGUCGAUAACCGCGUUCAAUUUGGUCGUCUCACCAAUCCCACUACCUUUGGCCUCGUUCACCUACACAACGAUUUGUGGCAACUCUUCGACAAUCCUGUUGACUGGGAGGAAUCCUACAUUCACCCCGACUACUACAAGUUCACUAAUAAAUCCAUCACGAAGGACGACUUUGAGCAGCCAUGCCAAGACGUCUUCUGGAUGCCUCUGAUGUCUGAGCUCUUUUGUCGACAGUUGGUGGAAGAAAUGGAACACUAUGGCAAGUGGUCUGACGGCUCCAACUAUGACGCUCGUCUAGAGAGUGGCUACGAGGCCGUCCCAACUCGCGAUAUCCAUAUGCGCCAGAUUGAUUGGGAAGAGCAUUGGCUCCACGUACUUCGCACCUAUGUGUAUCCUAUUCAACUGAAACUAUGGGAAGGAUAUAACGAAAAGCCAUGGGCAAGAAUGAACUUUGUUGUGCGCUACAAGCCCGGUGAACAGGCUUCUCUCCGAUUCCAUCACGAUGCCUCCACCUACACCCUGGACAUGGCCCUCAAUCGAGCUCAUGUCGAUUAUGAGGGUGGCGGUGUGCAUUUCCUUCGUUAUGGUUGCAAACUCGUGGACACCCGCGUGGGUUGGCCACUCAUCUUCCCCGGCCGACUGACUCACCUGCACGAGGGCAUGGAGACCACGAGUGGCAUUCGUUACAUCUUCGUCACCUUUGUCAAUCCCUAA